GAGUUAAGCGAGAAGCUUGGCAGCCCUGCAGCAAGCGGGCCGAGACCUGCUUGGACCCACCACAGCAACGAGAUGUCUUCUCGCCCCGCAGACUCCAACUUCAAAAAAGCUGCCGCUGCUUUCCGAUCGUCCACAUCCAAUCACCAUCAGCAACGGACACGGCCUCACCCACCAGACCAUGCUCUACGACCUCAACAUCGCCUGGUCACCGGGCACACCGGCCGCCGACCUCGAGCGCACUCUCAAGUUCGCCAAAAACCUCGGCUACGAUGUCGUCGCCCUCAACCACAUCAUCUCGGGCCCCAUCCCAACCCAGCCGACGCCCAUCACCAACCCGAUCCCGCAACUGACCCCCCCACACCCCUCCUACCCAGGCGGCGGCACAGCAGCAACAACAACAGCAACAAAAACAAAACCAACAAUAAGCACAACCACAGCACCACCACCAACCACCACCCCCCUCCUCCCAACCACCCUCCGCCGCGCCACCCUCAGCAUAACCGACCCCUCCACGACCAACUACCGCCUCGGCGACUUCGGGCGCGCCUACGACCUGGUGGCCCUGCGCCCAACCACGGAGCGCGCCUUCGCAUGGGCAUGCACGACGGCCUCCUCGGCGGGCGACGCGGCGGGCGCGCCCGCGCUCGUCUCGCUGGAUUUGUCGGCCCCGCUGGGCUGGCACCUGCACCAUAGGACGGCGAUGGCGGCGGUGCAGCGCGGGGUGAGGUUUGAGGUGUGCUAUGCGCAGGCGCUGAGGGCUGGGAGUGGGGCUGGGGUGGAGGCGGGGAGGGCGCGGGUGAAUUUUAUUGGGAAUGUGCAGGCGUUGGUGAGGGCGACGAAGGGGAGGGGGGUGGUGGUUAGUAGUGAGGCGCGUGGGGUGUUGGGGCUGCGGGGGCCGGCGGAUGUGGUGAAUCUGAUGGCGGUGUGGGGGCUGGGGCCGGAGAAGGGGUUUGCGGCGCUGGGGGAGGGGGCGAGGGCGGUGGUGGUGAAUGAGGGGGUGAAGAGGCGCGGGUUUAGGGGGGUGGUGGAUAUUGUGAGGCCUGCGGAGGGUGGGGAGGAGAUGAGGAAGGGGGGUGGGAGUGGGAAUGGGAAUGGGGAAGGGGAGGGUGGGAAUGGGAAUAAGGUCGGGAAGAAGCAGAAACAGCAGGGUCAGCAAGGGCAGAAGAGGAAAAAUGAGGGCGGUGGUGGUGGCGGCGGUGGCGGCCAGACGGGGGAGGUGAGCAAGAGGCAGGCGAAAAAGAUGAGGAAGGAGGCUUCCCAGUCAAAAGCCUGAUGGCUUCCUGGGUCGCUGAUAGGUAUUUCCUUCUCCUGUAUCAUACCAACGGGCCAGCUGGCAUUACGAUACCCCUUAUAGACGUGGAGAUGGCGGGCAAAAUUGAGGCUUCAAACCUGAAGAGACUUGCUCUUGUCUGUUCUACAUUGUUUUUAAGAAAUAAAAGGCACCGGGUCCACCGGGUAGGGCGGCAUCGCCAACACACGCUAUAUACAUUAACAAGAAAAGGCCAGCCGUCUCGCCGAACCAAAACCAUGUACAACGGCACAAUCGCCACAACACACAACAACUAAUUGGUAUCUAACCACGAAAAAGCAACAAUGGGUAUAGUCCGCCCGCUCCAUCCUUCUCUUUUUUCCCCAUCACGCCAGCAUACACC